AUGCUGGAUGACAAAGCAAUUAUGGCAUUAGAGGAAUUAAGAGUACGUACUGCGUGUGGAACCGGAGGUAAUACUGCUAAAAUUAACAUUGGAUCAUCCAGCCCAUACAUAGAAAGGAGAAAUUGUGAUCAGUCCUCUAUGGUUAUUGAACAGUAUGAAAAUUUCUAUCAGGUAACUCUUCCAACUGGAACAGAAAUUGAGUUUUAUAUUUUAAACGGCUUCAUUCCAGUCUUAAAUAUAAAGCCAUCGGUUAUUGAUGUCGGAAAAACAGAAGGGUUGUGCGGUUUCAUAAGCCCUGACGGAAACGCUACUGAUGAUCUCAUUUCGAGGAAUAGUUCAUUGUUUGAAUCAGAUGUUCGAGUUUUUGUAGCUUCUUGGAGGGCAACAUCAGAUGAAGAACUUUUUGUAACUGAACCAAACCUGCCAAUUACAUAUCCAUUUUUGAAACAGUUUUGUAGCUGUCACGUAGAUGAUUAUACUCGCGAUUAUGGAGACAAUUUCAACUCAGUUGAUUGUAGUUUAUUUGAGUCUAUGGUUCCAUGUCUUCAAAUUCAAAAUUCACAUUUUCAAUCUUUUGAAAACACCUGUGAACCAAGCAACCAUAUUCGAAGGAAAAGGUCAUCUGGCAACCAAUACGUUAAGUUUCCAGUGAAUGAUCCUGAUGAUGUCAUGGACAUAUACUGGACCAGAAAUGUAACCGAUUCUCUAGAUCAACAGAUAAUUCCACAGUCCAGUUGGAAAAAUGGUUGGAAUUGGAAAAAAGCACGAACUGAAUGCGAACACCAACUAACAAAAAGAAUAUAUCCUGCUAUCUUUACAUUCGUCCCGAUGUUAACUAUAAAAGAUUACAUAGAGUCCUGCAUAACAGAUAUUAAGUCAAUUGGCGAUACCCGUUUUCUAAAGGAUACAGUAAUGGCCAUUCAGUUAUUCAGCAAAAAAGAAGCAUAUCGCUAUAAUUCGACGAACGAUGUUAGUAUGUUGUUUCAGCGUGUCAAUCCGAUGCUGUGUGUAGACAACUGUAAUGGUAAAGGUCAAUGCAUCUCAGGCAAAUGUUUAUGUAAUGAUGGAUAUAUUGGAUUAAGUUGUUCUUCUCAUAUAUCGAUACCUCCACUGGUUAUGUCUCUUCCUGAAGAUGGUUUGUGUGACAGUGUAGCUAGACCUUGCGGAAAAACAAAUAUUUAUGGAGAAUUUUAUUCAAAAGACAUUAUCUGUAAAAGUGAAAGUUUUCUUAUUAAAGGUAGUCGGAAAGAUUAUAAAGCAUUAAACUCAACAUCUAAAGCCCUGUACAGAGACUUUUUCAUGGUCACUUGUGAUUUCGAACAGCAUACAAAUGAUGUUUUAAAUAAAAGUACCACAAUUGGAAAAGGUGUCGACAUAUCCUUAUCCUAUGAUGGAAUUCAUUUCAGUAGAAUCCUUAGUUUAGUUAUCUUUGAUCCAGCGUGUAUGAGAUGUAGUUCAAGGCCAAUUUAUUGUCAUAAGAAGAGUAAUUGUGCUGGUUAA